AAAGAGAUCUUAUUUCUGAAACAAAUUGAGUUUUUGGUUAAGAAUCUAGAGUAAAAUGCACUUGGGUGCUAGAAACAGGAAUUCAAGGAGAUGUAAAUAGUUGUUGUUCUUUUAUUCAGAAGGGAAGAGUCGUUUGUUCCCAUGAAACGUGAUCCAUUCAAGAAAAAAUUCUCCCCCGACUUUGCAGGUGAUCCCUCCCAAGGAAUGGAAGCCCCGCAAGACUUACGACGACAUCGACAGCAUGGUGAUCCCUGCUCCCAUUCAGCAGGUGGUGACUGGCCAGUCCGGGCUUUUCACCCAGUACAACAUUCAGAAGAAACCCAUGCUGGUUGGAGACUAUCGUCGCUUGGCUAAUAGUGAGAAGUACUGUACUCCUCGUCAUCAGGAUUUUGAUGAUCUGGAACGCAAAUACUGGAAGAAUUUGACUUUUGUGUCCCCUAUAUACGGGGCGGAUAUCAGUGGCUCCUUGUAUGAUGCGGAUGUGGAAGAGUGGAACAUUGGGAACCUGAACACUCUCCUUGACAUGGUGGAGCAUCAGUGUGGGAUUAUCAUAGAAGGCGUGAACACCCCCUACCUCUACUUUGGGAUGUGGAAGACCACGUUUGCCUGGCACACGGAGGACAUGGAUCUCUACAGCAUCAACUACCUGCAGUUUGGAGAGCCCAAGUCAUG